AUGUCGGACUCCAAACCAACUCGGACAGGUAGACAAAGACACUAUCGUCGUGUUGACAUACAACAGCCAGGUUACCCCCACCACCGCUACCUCCCCGAGUGUGGUGGUGGGGGAAGGGGAGCCAGCCAGUCUCCCGGUGGCCGCCGGACGAUGUUGUACGUUCUCCCGCCGCCGGUCUCCGUCUGGGCCGGCCACGCCUGGAUAACCAAGGCCGAACCCCAGCUCCCUCCCUCAUCGGCCACCAAAGUAAGUGUCUUUAUUCUUUAUCCUUUAAAGUAUCCUUAUUAUAAAACGGGUCCUGGAUCCUGUCUAAGGAUCGAACGUUUAUACUUCAAUUCUAUCCUGGGGUAG